AUGAUCAAGAAGCCAGAAUUUGGCCUAAUACAGCCACCUAAGAGGAAGAAUAGACAAGGGCUUAGUGAUGAGCAGAAGUUGGAGAUCAAAGAGGCUUUCGAACUCUUUGAUACCAAUAAGACAGGCUCACUUGACUAUCAUGAACUCAAAGUCGCUAUGCGCGCCCUUGGGUUUGAUGUCAAAAAGCCAGAAGUUCUAGAAUACGUCAAAGAUGGAGAUGGCUACAUAAUUUAUGACGAUUUCCUUGAUAUCAUGACUGAGAAGAUAAAAAAUAGAGACCCUGUAGAAGAAAUCCUUAAAGCCUUCAAACUUUUUGAUGAAGACAGCUCUGGACAAAUUUCUCUCAAAAACCUCAAAAGAGUAGCAAGAGAGUUAGGAGAGAAUCUUUCUGAUGAUGAACUUCAAGCAAUGAUUGAUGAGUUUGAUAAGGACAAUGAUGGCGAAAUCAGUGACCAAGAGUUUCUAAAUAUCAUGAAGCAGACUUCUAUAUAUUAA